AUGAAAAUAAUCUUAACACUAAUUGCCAUAUUCGGAAUUGUGGUUGAUGGGUAUUAGAUAGCUUGUAGUACCUAUCAUCAAAAUAAUUGUUUCGCUUCAGGCUAUUGUGAUUGGAUAUCUGGAGUAUGUAAACUACUUGAAUGUCAUAAAGUGACAGAACCAAGAGCAUGUUCAGGAAAACUAUCAGGGUACUUAUAUUAGAACUAAAGAUGUAAAAUAAGUCCAAAUCUGGAUCCCAAAUUCUAAAAUUUAUGUAUUGAGUAUGAUUAGGAUACUUUGAUGUGGGGAUACUUGGUCUACCCUCAAGACAAUACUCAAAAUUCUACUUACACCACGGCAAGUGGUUUUUAAAUAUCCAAAAUAUCUACAAAUAGGUAUCCAACACAGGUUAAAUCAGAAAUUUUAACAUUAAAUAUUUUGAAGGCCAAAAAUAAUGAUCUCUUAAACAUCAUGUAUGGAUAUCUAUAACAAUCAAAUGAGUUAUGCAAUGAUGACAACAUACCUAUAGCAUUUUUGGAGAAAGCCAUUUAUGAGAGCAUGCAAUAAAUAAGAGAUGAUGAAACUAUCUCAUAUACUUCAACUACAUUUAAUAAAUUUUAAUUUCAUUUGGCUUUAUGGGGAAUGACUGAUGCCUUCUUUUAAAAACUCAGAAAAUAAAAACUCAAUAUGUAUAUUUCUUAUAAAUAUUUGAUAAAUUUUGGAUUUGCUAAUCUGAAAUUAGAGAAAAUAGUAUUGGAGACUCAAUUUUAAGUAUUUGAGAUCACUUGGGAGUAUGUAUAGCCUGGUUAUCUUGAAGUAUUGGUUAUGCCUGCUGAGUAAUUUGGAUUUUAUUCAAUACAUUCUGAUAUCAUAGUGAUAAGGGCAUCAGAUCUAAAUGGUUAUACAAUAGUAAAUCAAAGAAAAUUACAAUUUUAUCAUAGAAACCAAUAAGCAUUUUUUUCGAAAACUCUCCAUUCGAUAGACCUAACUAAUAUGUAAAAAACAAAUACUAGCAUAGUUUGUUCACCAUUUUCAAGUUGUGGGGGAACAUUAAGUGGGUAAGGAAGAAGGGCUUAUAUAUUCGGUGAUAAAAACAUAAAUGAUUGUGGCGGGAGAUCUUAGUCAGAAUGUAGACUUGGUAAAUGUAAUUGGACUGAUUCUACAGGUAAUUGUACAUGA